UUCCUGACACAGACUACACCCGGAUAACGAAGAGCAAGCGCCAUGUUGAAGCCAUCAUUGCCACUCAGUCCUUUCUUAUUCCUGCAGCUGCCUCUGCUGGGGGUGGGACUGACCCCGACGGUCCUCACACCCAAUGGGAAUGAAGACAUCACAGCUGAUUUAUUCCUGACUUCUCUGUCCCCUGGAUCCCUCAACGUUUCCACCCUGCCCCUCCCAGAGGUUCAGUGUUUUGUAUUCAAUGUCGAGUACAUGAAUUGCACUUGGAAUAGCAGCUCUGAGCCCCAGCCUACUAAUCUGACUCUGCGCUAUCGGUACGACGCCUCUGAUGAUGAAGUCCAGGAGUGUGGCCACUAUCUAGUCUCUGAAGAGAUCACGUCUGGCUGUUUGUUUCAAAAAGAAGAGAUCCAUCUCUAUAAAACAUUUGUUGUCCAGCUCCAGGACCCAAGGGAACCCAGGAGGCAGGCCAGGCAGACGCUAAAACUGCAGGAUCUGGUGAUCCCCUGGGCACCGGAAAAUCUAACAGUUCGCAACCUGCAUGAAUCCCAGCUAGAACUGAGCUGGACCAACAGAUUCUUGGACCAUUGUUUGGAGCACCUUGUGCAGUACCGGACUGACCGGGACCACAGCUGGACUGAACAAUCAGUGAGCCACAGACCUAGCUUCUCUCUGCCCAGCGUGGAUGCACAGAAACUCUACACGUUCCGUGUUCGGAGCCGUUAUUACCCACUCUGUGGAAGUGCUCAGCAUUGGAGUGAGUGGAGCCACCCAAUCCACUGGGGGAGCAAUACUUCAAAAGAGAAUCCUUCGUUGUUUGCAUUGGAAGCUGUGUUUAUCCCUCUUGGCUCCAUGGGUUUGAUUAUUAGCCUCAUCUUUGUGUAUUGCUGGCUGGAACGGACGAUGCCUCGAAUUCCCACUCUCAAGAACCUGGAGGAUCUAGUUACUGAAUACCAUGGGAACUUUUCGGCCUGGAGUGGUGUGUCUAAGGGACUGGCGGAGAGUCUGCAGCCAGACUACAGUGAACGACUCUGCCACGUCAGUGAAAUUCCCCCAAAAGGAGGAGCCCUAGGGGAGGGGCCUGGGGGCUCCCCCUGCAGCCAGCAUAGCCCCUACUGGGCCCCCCCAGGUUACACCCUGAAACCUGAGCCUUGAUACACUGACAGAGCCCCAGGGUCCUGUAGCCCCAAGUUGUUGUAACUUCCCCUCAUCCAACCAGUCUGGGUCCUGUGCUCACCUCGCCCCCCUGUGGCUGAUUUAGAAUUUUGUGCCCCGUAUAACUCGCCUUUCAUUCAGUAUCCCCUACUUGAGAAUUGCUCCUUUGCCCUGUACAUAUUUUUCCCCCUCCCCAGCCCUUCCUUUUCUCAGGAUUCUCUCUCCCUCAGCCCCUUUCUCUCUUUCCAUCUGUCCUUCAAUUGUUCCUGAAUCAAUAGAAAAAAUAAAGUUUCUGUUGAUAAUCAA